AUGCCUAGCUCCAAAGGAAAGCCGACUGACCCUGAACUUCGGGAGCAGAUCAAGGAGGAUAUCAAGCAGGAGCCCAAUAAGAGCGGUGGUGGUGAGGGUCAGUGGUCAGCUUGGAAGGGCACUAAACUGGCAAAGGAAUAUGAGAAGCAGGGCGGCGGGUAUGAAAACGACCCGGACUCCAAGAACCAACCCAAGAAGGGAGCUCCCGAGAAGAAGGAGUGA